UUUUUUUUUUUUUUUGCACUUGGUUGCAGGGACCUCUUCAAACAGGAACUUUGUCCUUCCAGAGCGUGUUUCACGAAAGCAGCGACACAUUAUGUAACCCUGUGGUCGGACAUGCAUUACAAAACCCCGACGAAUUAUAUAAUCAAGGUGUUACCGCGGGAUUGGAUGGAAAAGGGAAUCGCACACUUGGUGCUAGCUGAUUAUAUAUAUAACAGCCAGAAAACAACAACAAAAGGUGUGCAAACCAGAAAAGAAAAAAAAGGGGGGAAAUUUUACCACUUGUUCCAUAGACACUUCUUCCUUCUUCUUCUUCUUCUUCCUACUACCGCUGCUUACACACAUACACACACACACGAUACACAACAACAACACGCACAACACACACCAUAUCAGCCAUGUCCUCCUCGUUUGACUUUAACAACCAUUCCCACCGUCGUUACAACCCUCUGACCCGCUCCUGGGUUUUGUGCUCCCCUCACCGCACACAGCGCCCGUGGCAAGGCCACCGUGAAAGCGCCCAGAUCGAAAAACGUCCGGAAUACGACCCCUCCUGCUACCUGUGUCCUGGCAACGAACGAGCCAACGGCGAACACAACCCGACGUACACUUCCACCCAUUCCUUCCCCAACGACUUUGCCGCCGUCAAGUCUGAUCAGCCCGCGCUGCCUGACACCCAGGACGACCUGCUCAGAGCCGAAGGCGUCCGCGGCGAAUGCCAUGUCAUUUGCUUCUCCCCGCGCCACGAUCUGACCAUGGCCGAAAUGUCCGUUUCGGAAAUCGCCCUGAUUGUCGACAAAUGGACGAAGAGCUAUAGCGAGUUGGCCCAGAAAGACUAUAUCAAGCACGUUCAGAUCUUUGAAAACAAGGGCGCCGCAAUGGGUUGCUCGAACCCCCACCCGCACGGUCAACUCUGGGCGACGGAACAGAUCCCCGAAGAACCCCAGGUCGAGUUGGAGUCGUUGGCCUUGUACAAGCAACAACACAAAGACGAAAGCGACGAGUGCUCGUGCUUAUUGUGCAACUAUGUCAAACGCGAAACCGAGGCCAAGGAACGCAUCGUGAUUGAAAACGAAUCGUUUGUCUGCAUCGUCCCCUUCUGGGCCCUCUGGCCUUUCGAAACCCUCGUCUUGCCAAAGGACCAUGUCUCCAGCUUGCCCAAGAUGUCCGCUCAGCAAAAGCUCGACUUGGCCGACAUGUUGCGUCGCGUGACCUGCCGUUAUGACAACCUGUUCGAGUGUGCAUUCCCUUACUCGAUGGGCAUCCACCAAGCCCCCGUCCAAGGCGACUACGACUAUGCUCAUCUGCACUUGCAUUUCUAUCCUCCUCUGCUCCGAAGCGCUACUGUUCGCAAGUUCUUGGUUGGCUUUGAAAUGCUAGGUGAGCCUCAGCGGGACCUUACACCUGAACAAGCUGCAGCCCGAUUGCGCGCAUGCUCUGAAGUUCACUAUAAGCAUCGGCAAGUCAAUGGAUACACUGCUUAAACCACUACCACUACCCAACUAUUAGAUUUAAAAGCUGUUUUCUGUCUGUUGUUUCUGUUGUUUGGAAGGAAAAAAGACCUUCGCUUAGAGAACACAUGCACACACACACACACACUGUAUAUAAUAACACAAGUUGUAUAUAAAUAUAUUAUAUAGACUCUUCUGGAAGUGGCGACAAAAGAUGUCGUCCUUUCUUAGACUAUUGCUUUUUUCC